AUGUCCCAGCUCACGAUCAACGACGUGCUCAGCUACGCGUGUGCUGGGAUCCCGAACUCCGAACGUCUGAUCGACACCAUCCUCGCCAAGGGUGCUGCAGCCUUGCGGGCGGUUCGAAAGCGCAUAGCAUACGCGCGAGGUGCCAUCCGCGAGCUGCCGGAGGAGAUCUUGUUUCGGCGCGAGAAGGCCGCGGAGGGCGGGGAUGCCGAGGAGGCCCAGGACGCGACAAACGAGGCAGAUGCUCUGCAGCAGAAGCUAGAUGAGCUAAGGCGUGUCCAUGAUGCCGUGAGCAGUGCUGGCUGCUUGGCGGAGGGGGUGUUCUCGUACAGUGAGGCGAGGUUCGGCCUCGAGCCUGCCGACAAGGUGCUCCCCAUGGUCGCGAGCCUUAUCGACCUCGUGGACGUAACGCAGGAAUAUGCAG